UAAUGUUUGCUACAAUCGAUCCAUUAACAGGAGGUUUGAUUUGGGAAGUAGAAGGAUAAAAAGAUAAAGAAUAGAAGGAGAAGAAUAAGGUGAAAUAUGUUGAAAUAAAGGAUGUUAAUAUCUAAUUCAAUCCUAGACCUAGUAGGUAUUAAUGAUUAUUAAUUAUUAUAAGAUUAUCAUUGGAAGAGAAGCUUAAAUUAUUAGAGCCAAUAGGAGAAGAAUUGAUUAACAAAGAUGAAUUAAUAAAUCUAUUAAAAACAAAAACCUUUCCUAUUUGCUAUGAUGGAUUUGAACCUAGUGGAAGAAUGCACAUUGCAUAAGGAUUACUUAGAGCUUUAAAUGUGAAUAGAUUAGUUGAUGCAGGAUGUAUAUUCAUCUUUUGGGUUGCUGAUUGGUUUGCUUUACUUAAUAAUAAAAUGGGAGGAGAUUUAAAUAAAAUAAAGAAUGUUGGUAGAUAUUUCAUUGAAGUUUGGAAAGCUGCAGGAAUGAAAAUGCAUAACGUGUAUAAUUAAAUAAUAAUAUAAAUAUAGUAAAUUCUUAUGGGCUUCAGAUGAAAUCAAUAAAAGACCUAAUGAUUAUUGGUUAAGAGUAUUAGAUUUAGCUCGUAAAUUUAAUGUUUCAAGAAUAAAAAGAUGUGGAUAAAUUAUGGGUAGAAAUGAUGAUGAAUAAGAUGAUAAGAUGGCUGUUGCUUAAUUAUUUUAUCCAUGUAUGCAAUGUAAUGACAUCUUCUUUUUAGAGGCUGAUAUUUGUUAAUUAGGUAUGGAUUAGAGGUAAUAAUUCUAUUUAUUUAAAUUUAGAAAAGUUAAUAUGUUAGCAAGAGAAUAUGCUGAUAAAGCAUCAGAUGCAUAUAAACCAAUUAUUAUGUCUCAUCAUAUGAUGAUGGGUUUACUUGAAGGUUAAGUUAAGAUGUCUAAAUCUGAUUUAAACUCAGCUAUCUUUAUGGAAGACUCAGCAGAAGAUGUUAAGAAAAAAAUAAAGAAUGCUUAUUGUCCACCUUAAGUUAUUAAAGAUAAUCCUGUAUUGGAUUAUACAAAGGAAAUAAUUUUUGGAUGGAGAAAUAAACUCUUAAUUUAAAGAAAACCUGAAAAUGGUGGAGAUAAAGAGUAUACAUCUUAUGCUGAAUUGGAAGCAGACUUUAUUUCAGGAGCUCUUCAUCCAGGUGAUUUGAAACCAGCAGUCACCUUAGUUCUCAAUGAAUUAAUCUAGCCUGUUAGAGAUCAUUUUACUAAAGACCCUGAAGCAAGAGCAUUAUUAUAAGAAAUUAGAUCAUAUCAAGUCACAAAAUGAA